AUGUGCCAGCUCCAGCCACUGCUGGCCCUGCUGCUCCUGCUUUCCUGCCCGUGGGCCAAUGCCAGUGCUCUUCAGGGACAGAUUGUGGGGGGACACGAGGCUCAGCCCCACUCCCACCCUUACAUGGCAUACCUGAAGCUGGGGGUGUCAGCCUGCGGAGGCUUCCUGGUGGCCCCUGACUGGGUGAUGACAGCUGCACACUGCCGUAUGAGACUUUUUAAUGCCACGGUCAUCCUGGGGGCUCACAACAUCCAUGAACCAGAAACGACCCAGCAGGUCCGGGGGGUUGUCAGAUACCAUCUUCACCCUCAAUACGACCCUGAGACUGUGUCUAACGACAUCAUGCUGCUCAAGCUGACAGCAAAGGCCACUCUCAAUGACUAUGUCAAGACCAUUCCACUGCCCAAGAGCAGCAGUGACCUCCCCACAGGAACCAAGUGCAGCAUAGCUGGCUGGGGUCUGAUUGAUGACGACCAGACGACCAACAAGCUCUUUGAAACCAAAGUCUCCAUCUACAGCCGCAGGAAAUGCAUCCGCUUCUACCCACACCUCAACACAGGGAUGGUCUGUGCCGGCAGCUUCCACGAGCUCAGGGAUUCCAGCCAGGGAGAUUCUGGUGGGCCCCUGGUAUGCAAUAAGGUGGCACAAGGUAUUGUUUCCUUCGGGUACAGCACCCCACCUGGGGUCUAUACCCGCAUCUCCAACUACCUGCCCUGGAUCCAAAAAAUCAUGAAGAAGUAG